UGGUGAAUAUAUUUUAUAUGCAAUAUAUGUAGGUUGUCGUACUAAAUUAAAGGCGAUAUAUGUUGAGUAAACUACGUUUUGUAUGAAAAGAGUUACGCUAUUUCCAAAAAAGCUUUCAAACCUGUAACCAUGGUAACCGCAGUUUGCAUCGAGCAAUAACAACACAGAAAGCUGGCUCCCUGUUUUAUAGUGGUUAUUUUUAGGGUGAUUUGGUGAACAAAUAUAGCUUGAAGUUUGCCAGUGUCGAUUUAUCAGUUGUUUGACUUUUCCCAUUACAAAAAUUGGCCUGUGGACAGAGUCUCCUCUCGGCUCUGACAACCAUCUGCCGGCUGGGGGAAGCUGUCACGGAUGUCUGGCAAGAAGGAAAGUGCCUAUUUAAAAACUCAAGGGGAAGGACCUAUAAAGGUGUCGUACAUUUUUCCAAAUGGGGACAGAUAUGAGGGGGAGUGCAGCAGGUCUGCAUCAGGGGUGCUGAUGAGGAGUGGUACUGGUAAACACACCUCAGCAGGUGGUAUCAUAUACACUGGAGAGUGGCAUGAAGACAAAAUGCAUGGCAGAGGGACCAUGCAGCAUCCCUCUGGAGCACUAUAUGAAGGAGAAUUCAAAGACAACAUGUACCAAGGCACAGGGACAUAUACCUUCCCAGAUGGCUCUUCUUACAAAGGCCCCUUCCACAAGAACAGGUUGGAGGGAGACGGAGCGUUCACUGACACACAGGGACUGGUUUGGAUUGGGGAGUUCCACGGCAAAGCAGCACUGGGCCUGAAAAUGCAGCACAACAUUUAGGCAAAACACGCAUUAUUGUACUGCACUGUAUUAACACUGUAUGAUACAGUAUAUUGUACAUUAAAAAUUAACGGUAUCAGACCAUAUUAGUUGCAUCAUGUAUGAAGACACUGUACAAAAUGCUGACUGAUAGACCUGUGUUUCUGCCCACAUCCAAACAUCACACACCCAUGUAUUUCUGUGUACUGGUGGUUAAACAUCCAUGCACUCAGUGAGUCAUGUCUCUUUCCUGGCCAUGGUGCUCCAACACAGCCAGUGUCUCUUUGUGUAAGCUUCAUGUUACUCAGAAAAUAUGACAUUGGUGUUAUUUUUGACACUUUGUCACUCUGCUUUUAUGUUGCUGCGAGACGUGCAUUACAUUCUGCAUUAACAAAUCCAGGAAUACUAUUAGCAAGUUUGCUCAGUUGCUUAGACUUUCAUUUUGGCAAACCUGUGAUUCCAACUAUAAAAAAUAAAUAUUAUCUACCAUUAAAAUAGAAAAAAAACUCAACAAAAGCCCCAAGCAUUUUUCAUUUCUCCCUGGUUGUACCAUAUCUUGACUCUCAUCAGGGUGAAGGAUGAGUGCAGGGCAGUUUUACAUCAUUACAACACCAGCCAAUCACAGAGGGGCUUAUGCUCACGUCCCUGUCAGCAACAGCUGUACCCGAAAUAUUGGAACAUUGGCCCGAGGAGCUGUGUUUGAUGUGAGUUAGUGGUAAGUUUGACCUUCACUGUUGGUGUGUGUGUAUACACAGCUUUGUGUGUGAAACAGCUUCUCACCCUCUGUAACACUGCAAGACUCCUUCAACUAAUAAUUACGACAAAAUCACACACGGUU